AUGAAGUUCUCCCUCGCCGUCCUCCUCCUCACCCCCUUCGCCCUCGCCGGCAGCCUGCCCGAGAAGGGGGAGGUCGGCGCCGACGCGGUGGCCGCGGGCGUCGCCGGCUCCGACGUCCCCAAGGGAGACGGCGGCCUCAAAGCGGCGGCGCUGUACUGCCCCAUCAACUACCCCUACUACUGCCCCGCCGGCUUCUGCUGCCAGGGCAGCAAAUGCUGCGACCUCGAGUGCUGCACCGACGCGGCCACCUUCUGCUCCGUCCGGUAG